AUGGCGGCGGACCUGCCUGCUGAAUUUGAUGUGGUCAUCCUGGGCACAGGUCUGCCGGGAGUCCAUUGUAGCGGCCGCCUGCUCUAGGAUAGGACAGCGAGUCCUCCAUCUGGAUGUGAGGAAUUAUUAUGGUGGGAACUGGGCCAGUUUCACAUUUUCAGGUUUACAGUCCUGGAUUGAUGAGUACAAGCAGAGGGAUGCCACCAGUGAAGAGCCCGAGACCAGCAAGGAACAUAUUUUGGAAAGUGAAGGAAUCAUCCCUCUGAACCGAAGAGACGGGACUAUCCGAAACGUUGAAGUUUUCUCAUAUUCCAAAAGUGAAGACUCAGACGUUGUGGAGGAAGUGGGCGCACUCAGCAUAAAGCCGGAGCUCCUGAACACAAACCCCACAGACGGUGACCAACCUCUGCAGGAUAGCCCCACCCAUGAGGAGCCUGUUCCCCAAGAGCUUCAGGAUCCAGAGUCUCAAAGCGCCGAACAUCGAGAAGUGUCUGGUGGAAGCGACCAAACCCCCAGUGCUGACAUCGCACCAACCUCAGAGAGCGGUGAUGCUCCAGAGCCAAACGCCACCAAACUGUGCCAAACGGAGCCCAAGAAAAGCGUUACCUACUCAGAUAUUGUGAGAGAAGGACGGAGGUUCAACAUCGAUCUAGUUUCAAAGUUCCUGUACUCCAGAGGACAGCUAAUCGAUCUCCUCAUCAAAUCCAACGUGAGCCGCUACACCGAGUUCAAGAAUGUCACCCGAAUUCUCACCUAUCACGAUGGCAAGAUCGAACAGGUGCCUUGUUCCCGGGCCGACGUCUUCUCCAGCAAGCAGCUGUCUAUGAUAGAGAAACGAACCCUCAUGAAGUUCCUGACCUUCUGUGCCGACUACGAGCAGCAUGUGGAGGAAUAUCAAGAUCACACAGAUUCCACCUUUGCGGAGUUCCUGCGGUCCAAGCGGUUGACGCCCGGUUUGCAGCACUUCGUCCUUUGCUCCAUCGCCAUGGUUUCCGAUGACGCCGGUACGGUGGAGGGGCUGAAGGCGACGCAGCAUUUCUUGCGGUGUUUGGGCCGCUACGGCAACACCCCCUUCUUGUUCCACAUGUAUGGACUGGGGGAGAUUCCUCAGUGUUUCUGCAGGAUGAGCGCGGGUUUUUGGUGGGAUCUACUGCUUACAUCAUUCCCUUCAGUGCCUGGUCAUAGAUGAAGAGUCCAAACAGUGUGCGGCCGUCAUUGACAGCGACGGGAAACGCAUCGGCUGCAACUAUGUCCUCGUAGAGGACGGCUACCUGACGGAGGAGACCUGCACACAGGUACCAUACAGGCAAAUCUCCCGCGCUGUUCUCAUCACUGACCGUUCCGUGCUGAAAUCCGAGUCUGACCAAGAGAUAUCUGUACUGACGGCUCCCUCGGGGGAUGGACAUCAGAGCGCCGUGUACAUGACGGAGCUGUGCUCCUCCACCAACACAUGUAUGAAGAACACAUAUCUGGUCCACCUUUCAUGUUCCUCGGUGAGGGCCACAGCCAGAGAAGACCUGGAACCCGUGAUAGAGAAGUUAUUUGUCCUGGACGGGGAAGAAGAUCCCGAGAGCGUGGAGAGGCCGCGGGUCCUCUGGAUCUUGUACUUUAAUAUGAGAGACUCUUCUGCGGUAGAGCGCCAAUCCUAUGCCGGGCUCCCCUCUAAUGUGUUUGUCUGCAGCGGGCCGGACCCCUCCUUCGGAUAUGACCACGCCGUCCAGCAGGCGGAGAAGAUUUUCACUGCAAUGUAUCCAUCAGAAGAGUUCUGUCCUCCGGCGCCAAACCCGGAAGAUAUCAUUUACGACGGCGAGGGGGCUCAGCCAGACGCGUCAGAAACUAAAGUGGCCGAGGAAUCCAAAGACGAGACGCUGAAUGAAAACGUAUCCGAGGAACAAAAAACUGAAUGA